AUGAUGCGAGCUGGUAGACUUGAAGACUUCUUGCGUCAACGUGCGGAGGAACGGGCAGCGGAAGAAGCCUUUCAGAAUGAGGCAAUUGCCCAUCACGAGGAAGAGGAAAGAAUGAUGAUUGAAAAGCGAGACCAGUGGUCCUUUUACAAGGGAAGUAAGAUCUUGUGGGAUCAUUUGGAUGAGACUCGUACAUUUGAGGCUGUACUACGUGAUCAGUAUAACUGGAAGCAACCCCUUUUCGAUUGGUUGAACAAUGAGUUCGGUGGAUUGACGCAUCUUCACUGGUCCAACGUUUGGGCGAACAGCUUGAACUUUUCCUCGUAUGAUGGAUGGCCCUUUCCUGCGAAUUGGCGUGGUUGGGCUACUUGCGACUCAUUAACGAGAAGGUGGACGGAUGACAGCAGCAGUUCCGAUAGGCUUGUUUUGACCAACAAGGAUGCGAUUUACGUCAUCUUCAACAAGCUCAUCAACAACGAUGAACUCCUGAUGGAUGUGUGCAAUGCCAGUCUCAAGAGCGGUGGCAUUUGGACGCAUGAAAUGAUGAAACAGCGUUUCUUGGACUGUUUCGGGCCAGAGUCUCUCAAAAAAGGAGAGUGGGAUACUAUGGCUCAAUACGAAGCAAAACACCGAAAACUCCACCAAAAACUGCGUGCUCCUGUCUUGGAUAUGUCGAACGUCAAUCAAGGACCUGUCAGUCCUAUUGGAAAUAGCGGCAUCAGUGGUAGUGAAGGUUCUAGUGAAGGUCCCGCGACGCAACCUCCUGUUGUCAAGAAGAAAAAGUUGCCUUAUCUUCGUCCUGUCAGGACAAAUUUGAAGGAGUGCUUCGACAGUGUUGGGAACCAAAAGCCUCAGGCAAAGCAAAGCAAGAAGAGGAUCUCCGACUGUAAAGACGACGACAAGAAGCCACCAGCAAAGAAAACAAAGAAGGAAUGA